AGAGCGGGGGGGGGGUGGCGGCGGCGCGUGCGCGCAAGCGCCUCCUGUCGCUCGGGCCCAUUUAAAUGUAUGUGAGGGAGGCUGCGAAAUGGCUGCGCAGGUCGCUGCGGUGCGCGCCGUGUCCCGAGCCGCGGAGGAGCCGCCCCAGCUCCCUUCAGGAGACCGGCCCGGCCGGCCUCGCGGCGGCGGGCGCCGGAGGCGGGGUCCCUCUGGUGAGGCGACGAGCGCUAAACGGGCCCGGCUGAACCAACCGCUGUUGGCGGGGCCCGGCCCGGCGGAGCCGCUGCCCCCGGCCGCCCUGCCCGGCCUGCCCGCCGCCGGGCUCUUCACGUUCUCUCCGCUCAGCUUGCCACCGCCCGCCACCAUGGAGGAACGCCGCCACCACCACCACCACCGGCAUCGCCCUGCCGCCGGCCCCGAGCCUGGCCGUUUGGCCGCUGGGCAGCCGCAGAAGGCGAGGCGGGGCAGCCCCGCGGACGGGGCAGCCGGGCGGCCCAGCAAGCGAGAAACUCCAGAUGAAAAUGGCAAAACCCAGCGAGCUGACAGUCUUAUUAUGAAGAAGAUAAAGAAAAAAAAGAAAAAGAAACACCGGGAAGAUAUGAGGGGGAAACGCCUGAAGAUGUACAACAAAGAAGUGCAGACAGUGUGUGCUGGGCUCACCCGCAUUGACAAGGAGACUCUUUCUCAAGGACAGUGUGAUAACUUGGAAGUGAACAAGGAAUCCUUCAGGUACCUGAAGGAUGAGCAGCUCUGCAGACUGAAUUUGGGUAUGCAGGAAUAUCGAAUACCCCAGGGAGUACAAACACCAUUUGUGACACACCAGGAGCAUUCUGUUCGCAGCAGCUUCUUGAAAACUGGCACUAAAUUUAGUAACUUCAUUCAUGAAGAACAUCAGUCCAAUGGUGGUGCUCUGGUCCUUCACGCUUACAUGGAUGAACUCUCAUUUUUGUCUCCAGUGGAGAUGGAGAGAUUUGCAGAAGAGUUUCUUGCGUUGUCAUUCAGUGAAAAUGAUAAAAAUGCAGCUUACUAUGCUUUAGCCAUAGUACAUGGAGCAGCUGCUUAUUUACCAGACUUCCUGGAUUACUUUGCUUUUAACUUUCCUAACACUCCAGUGAAAAUGGAAAUUUUGGGCAAGAAGGACAUUGAAACAACAACAAUUUCAAAUUUUCACUCUCAGGUCAAUCGAACGUACUGCUGUGGAACCUACCGAGCAGGACCAAUGCGGCAGAUCAGCCUUGUUGGAGCAGUGGAUGAAGAAGUUGGAGACUACUUCCCAGAAUUCCUAGAUAUGUUAGAAGAAUCUCCAUUUCUCAGAAUGACUUUGCCCUGGGGGACUCUUUCUAGUCUCAGACUUCAGUGCAGGUCACAAAGUGAUGAUGGUCCCAUAAUGUGGGUGAGACCAGGAGAGCAGAUGAUCCCAACAGCUGAUAUGCCAAAAUCACCAUUCAAACGGCGCCGGUCAAUGAACGAAAUAAAGAAUCUCCAGUACCUACCUCGGACCAGUGAGCCCCGGGAGGUUCUGUUUGAAGACAGAACAAGAGCUCACGCUGAUCAUGUGGGCCAAGGGUUUGACUGGCAGAGUACAGCUGCUGUUGGCGUUCUGAAGGCUGUACAGUUUGGGGAAUGGAGUGACCAGCCUCGUAUAACCAAAGAUGUGGUUUGUUUUCAUGCUGAAGACUUCACUGAUGUUGUGCAGAGACUUCAGCUGGACCUGCAUGAACCUCCAGUGUCACAGUGUGUUCAAUGGGUGGAUGAAGCCAAACUAAACCAAAUGAGACGGGAAGGCAUUCGCUAUGCUAGAAUUCAGUUGUGUGACAAUGACAUCUACUUCAUCCCUAGAAAUGUCAUUCAUCAGUUCAAAACGGUGUCGGCAGUCUGCAGCUUAGCCUGGCACAUAAGACUUAAACAGUAUCACCCUGUGGAGGAGACUUCUCAAAAUGCAGAAAGCAAUUCAAGCUUGAACAGUAGUGUUCCUGGAAAGCCAGAGGCAGAAGGUGAACCCCAAUGUGUGAGUGUAAAAACAGAGUCUGAAGAACCAGGUAUAAAAAUGCAGCUUACACCAGGGGUGCUCUCCUCCUCUCUUUCUUCAGUAUCAGGACUUGUGCAACCAGAUCAGGUGGCCCAGCCCCUUCCAGGUUUUAAAAUAGAGUCUGGUCAGCACCACAAUCCACAGGAUCAUGCAGGCUCUGCUGUGUGAUAUGUAUAUAAGCAAACAUUUUUUAACAACUUUUUAAAAUUUUGAUGUGAAGUUAUAGUUUUAUAACUGGCUUAUGUUUUAUUGGAGAAAUCUUGCCUAUAAUUCUAUAAAGAAAGGUGACAUUCCAAAAUGUCAAGCAUAUCUUUUUUACACAGAUUAUGCAAAAUUCAAGUUGUAUUUUAACCCCUUAGUACAACCUGUAACAGUGGUCUACCACUUCUUUCUGUUUAAGUGAAGAGAUAUUUAAUAUCUCCUCAAAGUCAGAAUGAAAUUCCUCCAGGAACAUAAAACGAUUAAACUACAUUGGUCAGUGUUAUUUCCCUACUUUUACUUUAGCUCUAAUCUUCACCAGAAAGGGAUGUUUUUGUAGAAGACUUGCAAAGUGACUUUCCCAUUUCAUUUUAAUUGCUUAAAAAAAAAAAACCCAAAAAACCCAACAACAGAGAAAAAAAAAAAAGCACAGCACUUUUGAUGAUUUGUGAAACUUUUGGUAUGUCUGUUCUUGACAUGUUGGUUUAUAUAUGAGUUGGGUUUAUAUAUACAAGCUAUAGAAACUGAUCUCUUAUUUCUUACAGUAGAAUUAACUGAAGAAAGUGUCUGAUCCUGUUGAAAUGCAAUGACUUACUGACCUAACACUUCUCAUAGCACUGCUUAUAUUGUUUGGUGUGAGGGUUUUGCUUCCAAAAUACAUCUUCCCUGAACAUGAUUAAUACUAGUGUUAAAAUUAGAGAACCUAUUGGUAGUCUUGUGGAGGAAACUGCUAUCUUUGAGCACUUUAAGGCUUUAAAAUACUAACCAACUUGGCAGCUUGUUUUGGUCAGGUCGUAAUGUGUCCAAUGGAACCACACUUUCCCUUGUACUGAUGCACUUAAUAGCAUUGAGUUGGUAACUGACUUACACAGCGCGGCUGUCCAUAUGCCAGGAAGUUCUGUAUUACUCUUUCACAAUAAAAAGUCUUGUGGCAUUGGACUGCUUUUUCCAUGUGUAGCUUGUGGGUGCCCAGGUACUGUGGAAAAAUCAGUGGCACAUGCUAAAUGUGUAGAGUGUCAGCUAGCAAUGGUUUUUAACUGAUCUUUCAAUAUUUCUGGGUGUUAACGUGUAAUCUGUAUUUGACUUUCACUCACUCCAUUUACUACCACCCUUUCCAGUCAUCAGAAGGAAAAGUCCUGUCCCUUUCUUCCCUCCCUUCUCUCUCCCCCCGUUUAGAGUACAAGUUGGGUUUUGGUGCAACUUAAGCUGUCUCCAGAUAACUUUAUUUGUUCUAAUCCUCACUGGAGUAGGAAAGAUUUGAAACACUAUGUUAGACUAGACAAAAGCGAAGAUGCUGUGUUAGUUCUGGAUGCAUCUUUUUAAUAUCAAUUAUUACUCUUCUCUUUAUAAGGGUCUCUAAAAUAUGUUACUCUAUUAUAAAUCUUACUUUGUGCAAUAUUGUUUGUGUAGGCUUUUAUAUACAUAUUAGCACCUCAGUGUAGAGGUCACUAUUUUAAACUGAUAGAAAAAUAAUCAUCAGAAGAUACUGCAGUGAUUAGUUAGAACCUGUAUUACUCCUUAUGUGUAUGUAUGUAUUGUCUUCGGUACAAAAUGAGGACUAGGAAAUAUUUCAAUUUAAAACUAAUUUACAGAUUGAAGUGGUAGUGACUUGUUUAGUAAUCUGUGUAAAUAAGGUGUUAGAAUGGAGAGCUUUUAUGAUAAAAAGUAAUGUGAUUCAUGCAGGGGUGUAAUUUAAUCUUAGCAGAAAUUCUAGAUGACCCAGACUGGUUCAUAAAUGAGCCGUCUGUUCUCUGGUGGGUUUUUUCCACUUCUUAUGUUGAGAGGAAUUUCAUAGCUUUAAGGGUUGUGCAAAGUAAAAUUCCUCACAGGCAAUAGCGGUUUCAGUUCAUCCUUCACAUUUAAAGAUCAUAUUAUCCAAGGGUGUUCUUUCCUUUUUAUGAAGUCUGCUAGUCUUCCAAGUGCCCAUUUCACUUCUCACAUGUGCUAUUCUUUGGUCAUGUCAGUAGAGGUGCGUCAACUCGGUGGCCAUUCGUUGACAGCCAGCACUGCAUACAACCACUCAGGAACCGACACAUCUGCAGAUCCCACAGCGAGUCUGCAAACAUCACUUUAAAGGAAGAAUAAACAGAUUAAGAGCCCCCAUACACCAACUUGUCUGUCUUAUAAUGAGAGCUGAAACAGAAUGGAGAGGGAAUCGAUUUGGAAGUUCUCUGUAAACUCUUACAGCAUGUUUUCAAAUGGAUGAAGGAAGAAGACUAGAGUGGCUCAUGUUGCUUUCAAAACUGUAGGUUUAGUGAAAUCUGUGACUAUAGCCUGAAAUAAAAGAAAAUGCUCUGACUUACCUCUUUGGAUGGAGGGACAUGACUGAUAGCAUCGUGCUCUCUUUCUGUUCCAUUUAAUUACUAACUUAAUAUCUAAUGUCAGAUUUAAAUACAGAAAUAUAUCUGCAAAUGUCUUGACUGUUGCUGAUGCUGUUCUAGCGUGUUUAAGAGAGGAGGAAACUCGAUAAAAAU